AAGGACCUCUGUAUCCUGUAGUUCUGUGUCGUAAUCAAGGACUGGUCGUAGAAGUGACAAGCUAACCAUAUGAUGCUAGGCUAGCUAGCUGAUGAUAGCCUUGCCGUUUGGUAUUGGUGAGAGGCUGUAUGUAGUCAGUGCGUGUAGCUAAAGCCAGCUAGUCACAGACAGACAAGGAACAACGCUAGCAAGUCUGAUCAUUGUAUUAUUAUUAUUUUUUUUUGCAUAAGGACACAACCAACGUUAUCUAGGUCGCUGGCUUGCUAACGUCAGCAAGCUCGGGUAGUCAACAAGCAAGUAAAAAGUAGCGUAACUAGUCACCUAGGUCAACAGACCACGGCAUUAAAUAUGAAUGGCAUAAUGAAGAACGAGGGAAUAGCGGGGACAGAGAGGUUCGCUAGCCCGGGGAAAGGCAGGGGACUACGGGCUGUGAAGCACUUUGCUGUCGGAGACCUCGUGUUUGCCUGUCCUGCCUAUUCCUACGUCCUGACGGUGAAUGAAAGAGGAGCGCAUUGUGAAUACUGCUUCACCAGGAGGGAAGGCCUCUCCAAAUGUGGAAAGUGUAAACAAGCUUACUACUGUGAGAUCGACUGCCAGAAGGGAGACUGGCCGAUGCACAAGUUGGAGUGUACAGCCAUGUGUUCCUAUGGGGAAAACUGGUGUCCGUCAGAGACCGUCAGAUUGGUGGCCAGGAUCAUCAUGAAACAGAAAGCCACAACGGAACGGACACAGUCAGAGAGGCUGUUACUCCUCAGUGAGUUUGAAGCCCACCUGGAUAAGUUGGACAGUGAGAAGAAUGAGAUGAACCAGACGGAUAUAGCAGCACUGCAUCAUUUCUACUCUAGACACAUAGACUUCCCUGAUGACCAAACCCUCACUGUGCUCUUUGGACAGGUAAACUGUAAUGGCUUCACCAUAGAGGAUGAGGAGCUGUCUCACCUGGGCUCUGCUGUGUUCCCUGAUGUAGCGUUGAUGAACCAUAGUUGUAGUCCUAACGUCAUCGUCACCUAUAAAGGGACAGUAGCUGAGGUACGAGCCGUGCAGGACAUCCAGCCUGGAGACGAGAUCUUCAACAGUUACAUUGACCUGCUCUACCCGACGGAUGACAGGAACGAGAGACUGAGGGAUUCUUACUUCUUUACCUGCGUGUGUAAUGAGUGUGCCACACGGUCUAAGGAUGGAGGUAAGAUGGCGCUUCAGAAGUUGAGCUCUCCCCCACAGCCAGAGGAGGUCAGAAAGAUGGUUCACUACGCCAGGAAUGUUAUUGAAGAGUUCCGUAGAGCUAAGCACUACAAGACCCCUAGUGACCUGCUGGAGAUCUGUGAGUUGAGCCAGGAGAAGAUGAGCUCCGUAUUUGCAGACACUAACGUGUACAUGCUUCACAUGAUGUACCAGGCUAUGGGAGUCUGUCUGUACAUGCAGGACUGGGACGGAGCCAUGAGCUACGGAGAGAAGAUCAUUCAACCAUACAGUGUCCACUACCCAGCCUAUUCUCUGAACGUGGCUUCCAUGUACCUGAAACUGGGCCGUCUCUACCUGGGACUUGAGAGGAAGACCCAGGGAGUCAAGGCAUUAAAGAAGGCGAUCGCCAUCAUGGAAGUGGCUCAUGGGAAGGAUCACCACUACGUAACAGAGGUCAAACAAGAGGUGGAGGAGCUGAAGUAAGGAGGAGCUGAAGAAGAGGAAGGAGGAAGAGUGAGGAGGGCAAAAGCACAAGGGCUUCUCCAAACCCUGGGUCAAAAAAACAAAAACAUUAAAAAAAAAUCUACAAAUCUAAACAGCUGCACGGCAUGCAUCCUAUACCUCUCUUUUUACGUGCAUCUCUCUCCAUCUCCAUCUCUCUCUGGUCAAAUCAGUUUUUUUGUGGCAUACAGGCAGGCAGUUAACCAGUCAGUGAAAGAGACAAUGUGACCCCAGUAUUUCUGUUCGCUCGGUUGUCUUAGACAGUACGUGAUGAGGGUGUUUUUAUGUACUGGGUAGCAGUAUUGCUGUAACUGGCAAGGACAGUUGUAGUUGUUAGUUUUGUUAUUGGCCUGGACUAGCCUCGUAUCUGCCUAAACUGUUAUGAAAAGAGAACUCAUGAAUUUACAAAUUAUGUUUGUAUUAACCGAUGACAGGUUUCUCUCCUCUCAUACAAGGUAGCAAAGUGAGAGAACAAUACCAAAAAAAAAAUCAUAAUUGUUAUGAGUAUGUCCAAACUUAAAUAAUUUGCGUUUGUCUUACAACACAAACCGUGUUGAACAACUUUUGUCCAUUUUAUAAAAUCAGAAGUGUUGCAUGUUUUCUCUCGCUCAUAUACUGUCUUUGUACCGACCUGUAGGGAAGCAGGGUUGUAGUCUUUGUACCGACCUGUAGGGAAGCAGGGUUGUAGUCUUUGUACCGACCUGUAGGGAAGCAGGGUUGUAGUCUUUGUACCGACCUGUAGGGAAGCAGGGUUGUAGUCUUUGUACCGACCUGUAGGGAAGCAGGGUUGUAGUCUUUGUACCGACCUGUAGGGAAGCAGGGUUGUAGUCUUUGUACCGACCUGUAGGGAAGCAGGGUUGGCCUCCAAAUUCCGUUUUAAUCCCGAAAGUAAAUCAAAUUCCAAAUGUUUCUCAUGGGCGAGAAUUUAAAUUUCAACAUAUUUCCUGAAUUGACCCCCAACCCUGAAGGGAAGUAAUUUUCCACAUCAUUGAUUCAAUGUCAAACACAGAUUUUGUUGUUGUUGAAACAACGUUGAUUAACCAGUUUUUGCCUAGUAAGAUGACUGUAAACCCUCAACCUUAACCUUUAGUGGAAUGAAAACAUACCUGGCCCUGGAUCACAAUCUCUGUCCUGGGAACCCCAAGGGGUGCACGUUUCGGUUGUCAACACAAUAUCAAGCUUUGCUUAUUUGAAACAGCAGUGUAGUGCUCUGUAGCUCAGUUGGUAGAGCAUGACGCUUCUAAACACAAGGGUAGUGGGUUCAAUUCCCGGGACCACUCAUACAUAUGCAUGCGUGGGAUAAAAGCGUCUGCUGAAUGGUAUAUAUUAGUGCUAAGACCAAAAACCAACGCUUUGAGAUCCCCAGAACUGAGUUCAGAAAACGGCUGGUUUAGAGAUUACUUCCACUUCACCUUACUUCCCCUCUGUCCUGUGGUUCGUUUGAGUGUGUUGGACAUCAGACAUGGACUACCCAAAUAAAAUACAAAACAGAGAA